GGGGCCUUGCGGUUGUGCUGUAGCAAUGGGCGAUGAAUGUCAAGCUACUGGCCGGGGUUGCGUUUUUGGGCUCCGCCAUUCAGGAGGAGAAACCGACAGAAGGCGAAGGCGAUGAAGGCAAUCCUGCAUGCUGGCAGGAAGGCUUCUCCUUCCAGAGCUGCUGCAACGAGAGCUACGGCCCAGGCGGCAAUGCCGAGUGCUGGGAUGGCAUGCACACGUAUCAGAGCUGCUGUGUUCCAGGUGGGUCUUUCGUGCCUCCUUCUGACUUCGAGGACUUAUUGGCACGUGGGCACACAGGCGACACUUCUGUGCUUCCUGCCAUUCUCCAACUCCUAAGCACAGGGGGAGAGGACUGUCUCGUCACGUGCGACUCAAAGGAUUCGCCAAUUUCAGGCUCAAUGUGGAAGUCCUUCUUUGAGGCCUCAUCCAUCUCCAAGUUUAUGCGCUUGCAGCCCUUCCCAGCAGAGGGUGACCCUUGGAGGCUAUGGACUGCAUGCUGCUCCGGCCCGGGCAGCAUCAAGGACCAUGUCGAAAACCUGGCGGAAUCCUGCCGAGCCGGCGCAGCCGCACUGGUCCUAGCAAUCUUGCCAUCUCUGGAGAAGAAUCACGGCCGGGAGGCAGCUUUGGAGGGCUACAUGGUUGCCUCGCAGCUCUCACACACUUUGGAGGCAGAGGAUGACUGCCGUUGGAAGCACCAAACAAAUCGAGCUUCGUGGGCGCAUUUCGAUUGGUUCUUAUCUCCGCCGUCUAUGAACAUGCCCUGCCGCGGAGUGCGCAUUUUCGUGGAUGAGCGAGAGGCUUCCCAAGAUCUCUGGGCCAAUUCGCUGGCCUGCGCCGAUCGAGGGCUGUGCUUCACUGAGGUUUGGGUGCACGAAUUCCUGCGACGAGCAGAGUGCCGAGUGGACAGUGCUGAAGAGGCAGACUUUACGUAUGUGCCCAUCUACAUGGUUCGGAUAGAAGCAGAGGGCUUCUCUUUUGCAGUUUUCGUUGGGCAAGGCGCUGAUGACAAGCUUACAACAACCAGGGCCGCCUUUGCUGCUAGUGUUCUCCUGCGAGAAGUGGAAACUGCGUGGAUGGAGGAAGUGGCUUCAAGGAGGCCGCGUGCUUGCGGCUCAAGUCAUAAGCGGGCAUAUGUGGCGCUGGGUCGCAUUGACCUCUUCAUGGUGGCCGCGGUGGGUACAGGACUUUUACUUGGUGCUGGCGUCCGGACGGGGGAGCAGGGGCAAGUUGAUCCGGAAGAGAUGAACAUUGAUGCCGAAGAUUCAGACAGCCUGAAGCACAUAAGAAGGAGCGGACGGCUGGGGCCUAGCGGAGGUGGAGCCCACCGCGAACGGAGAAGGUGGCACGCGCGGAUACGUGGCUGCAGCGGUUGAGGCUAAACCCUUGAUGAAUGCCGACGAUGUGGAGGACACUCCUGGCUCUGCAACGCGCAGCUGGCAUUGUCAGGACUGCUUCCGCUUCGGGCUGGACAUACUGCUUCCUUCUGCGGUGGCGCCAGCAGAGGC